AUGGCAAUGACUCAACGGACGACCUUGUCCGCUCUGCGACAGUCGAUCCGUUCGACCUCGGGACCCAAUCAACGAUCUUGCAUUUCGGCAAACGUCCGUAAUCACUUGCAGCAAGGAACAUCUCGUCGAGGAUUCCAUGCGUCAUUUUCGACAUCACAGAGGAAUCUGGCCGAAGCCACGAAGAACUCUAGGUCUCGAUGGACAAAAGUCGUCCUCGGCACCAGUGCCGUCCUCUCUGAACAACCUUCCGGUCAAAAGUUGAUCAGCGCGGACGAGGUCGAGAAGCAUUGUACGAGCGAGGAUUGUUGGGUCAUCGUCGGGGGAGAGGUUUAUGAUGUUACCGACUUCUUGGACAAGCAUCCGGGUGGCGCAGGUGUCAUCUUGAACAAGGCCGGGCAGGAUGCGACUCAGAUCUUCACCUCACUUCAUCCUCCCGGUACCCUCUCCCUCCUCCCUCCUACAGCUUAUCUUGGACCCGUAGACCCGACGACCAUCAAGCAAUCCGGACCUGCCGAAUUGGACGAAGACGAGAUCCGCGUCAAAAAGGCUAGGGAGGAGAUGCCGCCCAUAGACUCGAUCUUGUUGCUGCAGGACAUGGAAGAUCUCGCGGAAAAGGUCAUGAGCAAGACUGGGUGGGGGUAUUAUAGGAGUGCCUCGGAUACGGAAGAUUCUUAUCAUAAUAAUGAGGAGUCGUGGAAGAGGUAUUACUUCCGACCUCGAGUACUCCGGGACGCCAGAGAGAAAGACCCAUCAUCGACCAUGCUCGGUCACCAUGUGAGCUUGCCUAUCUAUAUCGCACCGGCCGCGAUGGCCAAGCUUGGUCACCCAUUGGGUGAGGUGAACCUGACAAGAGGCGCCGGAGAGUGUGGGAUUGUACAAGGGAUCUCGAGCAAUGCCAGUUGUAGUCUAGAGGAAAUGGUCGAGGCGAGGAAAGACGGCCAGAGCUUGAUCUUCCAGAUCUACUUGAACAAGGACCGCGAAGCUUCGGAAAAACUGUUGAAAAAGGUCACCGACCUCGGUUGCACCGGGAUCAUGUUCACUGUAGACGCUGCGGCUGCAUCCAAACGGACACUCGAUCAACGUACCAAAGCGUCGGUCAACCCACCUCCAUCUGCGCCCAAGAACAACAAGGAGGCAGGAGGCGAAAAGCCUAAAAAGGCAGUGGGCGUGGCCCAAGCGAUCUCGACGUAUCAGGACGACAAUCUCGUCUGGGACGAUAUCAAGUUUAUCAGGAAACAUACGAAGUUGCCCAUACUGGUAAAGGGGAUUCAGUGUUUGGAGGACGCCGAGAUCGCCGCCGAAUAUGGGGUCGAGGGGAUCAUCUUGUCUAAUCACGGAGCCAGGCAAUUGAACUUCGCUCCUGCUUCAAUCGACGUGUUAUACGAGAUCCGUCAGAGACGCCCGGAAUUGUUCGACAAGAUGGAAAUCUACGUUGAUGGAGGUGUCAAGUCUGGGACGGAUGUUGUCAAGGCGCUUGCGCUUGGUGCCAAGGGGGUCGGUUUGGGACGAUCGUUUUUGUACGCCAACGCGUGUUACGGAGAAGAAGGCGUGCAGAAGAUCUACGAGAUUCUUCAUUGGGAGGUUUGCGCGGCGAUGGCCAUGUUGGGAGCGCACAAGAUUUCGGAUCUCAAGCCCGAGAUGGUGGAGAGAGCUUGGUGGCUCGCCGGACAACAGGGAUCGAAGUGA